CAAAACAAUCGAAGUAAUUAAAUGCACAAAAUGGGACAAAUAAUUACAACAUAUUAAAGAAUUAAAUGUAGUUAUUUAAUUAUAAACGCACAAUUAAAUAAAUAUUUCUAUUUAAAACAAAGUUUUAAUUAUUGAAAUGCAUUGGACAGUAAAAUUGGAUGGUGGGCCAAGACGCGUAAAUCAUGCAGCAAUCGCUGUUGGUGAGAAAAUUUAUUCGUUUGGCGGAUAUUGUACAGGUGAAGAUUCAUUUCGUACAAGGCCAAUGGAUGUGCAUGUAUUAAAUACAGCUAAUUAUCGUUGGUCAUUGUUACCAUCAAAUGAACGCUCGAACGCAUCAAAUGUACCUUUUCAAAGGUAUGGACAUACAGCUGUUGCAUAUAAAGGUGAAAUUUAUAUAUGGGGUGGUCGUAAUGAUUUGUUUGCUUGUAACCAGUUGUAUUGUUUUAAUCCAAUAACGCAUAAAUGGAGUAAUCCAAAGACUGGUGGCAAUAUACCUGGCGCUAGAGAUGGUCAUUCGGCUUGUGUUGUGGAUCACCAAAUGUACAUUUUUGGGGGAUUUGAUGAUGAAGCCGAUCGUUUUUCCCAAAGUGUCCAUGUGUUGGACUUACGAACAAUGACUUGGCGAUGUUUAAUGACAAAUAAUCCACCGCCAGCACAUCGAGAUUUUCAUUCAGCCACAGCUGUUGGUACUCGAAUGUAUGUAUUUGGAGGACGUGGUGAUCUCAGUGGUGCAUAUCAUACACAAGAAGAAACUUAUUGCCCAGAAAUUAUGUAUUUGGAUUUAGUUGCAAAUGAGUGGCAUAAACCAAAAGUUACAGGAGAAAAACCAUUGGGUAGAAGAAGUCAUUCAGCUUUUUACUAUAAUGGGUACAUAUACAUUUUUGGUGGAUUCAAUGGUAUAAUGAGUCAACAUUUUAACAAUUUCUAUCGAUUUGAUCCAAAAGCAAAUCAUUGGGCUCAAGUGAAACCUGUUGGAAUUCCACCGUGCCCACGUCGCCGACAAGCCUGUAUUGUAGUGGGUGAUCGAAUGUUUUUAUUUGGUGGAACUAGUCCAUUAACUUUAUGUACUGACAAUGCGGAUGCAGCUGGAGAAGAUCUGCUCGAUCAUAAUGAUUUACAUGUAUUAGACUUUAAUCCAACACUAAGACAAUUAAGUUUACUUUCUGUGAUAAAAAAUAAGUUAGAUCAGUCUAAGUUGCCUGAUAUAUUAAGAUGGGAAAUAAAAUCUAUUAUUACACCUAAUUCUAUAAGUCGGCAAUUGAAUUCUACAGGUUAAGGAGAUGAAUUAAAUUACAAUUAUAAUCAAUGUAAUAAAUAGCAUUUAUUUAAUUAAACACAAAUAAUUAAUAUAUAUUUUAAUUUAUAAAAUCAAAACAUAAAUAUAUAGAUUGUAAAGCUGUUUUACUAUCAUUGGACAUGGUCAGAACAAUCGAGUGCUGAUGAAGCUAAGUUUAGACCAAUUCAGGCCCGCUAAACAUAACUGACACUGCAUAUCUGAGGAAUAAUAUAUAUAGACAGUCAGCUCGAGCAUAGUUACAAAUUUUAACUUCUAAAAAACUUUUAUUUGUAAAACACAGAUAAAAACUUUUUACAGUCUACCAUUAAUUUAAAUAAAAUGCAAUACUAUUUAAUACACUAAAAAUUGAUUGGCAGACGCUUUUCUCGUGUACGAACUUCAACGAAACAAUAUUUUUUUUACUAACUAAUACAUAUUACUUAUGUUAAAGUUUUUACACGAGAAAACCGUCUGCCAAUCAAUGUUUAGUGUAUUAAAAAGUUUUCCUCUGUGUUUUACAAACAAAUGGCAAUUUUUAACUAAGCAUUAAUUCGUUAUGAAUGUUAUUUUAUUCAUUUUUCUGUUGCUUGUGGCUGUAUAAGAAUCCUCUAUCUUUGGCAGGCUGUAAAAAAUUGAUUAUGUUUUCCUGUUACGAGCUGACAGUCUAAUACACUUGUCUAGAUAUCUAAUUGUCUAAUGCACAAAGUACGCCGAACCUGAAUAAUCGAAAGUUCAAGGGACCACAUUCUCUUUUUUGUUUAUGAAGGUUUCUCACUUAAACCAAAUGUCAUAAAUAUGUAUGUAUUGUACAGUCAAAGAUGAGUAAGUGAUACCUAGAUAAGCGAGAAAACUCUAGUAAGCGAAAAGUCCUCGAGGGAAAAAGAACUUUCUCUUAUAAAGGUUCCUGUUUCUAAUUUAUAGAAGGCUAAAAUGACGAAACCUGGCAAUCAAUCCCAAUUUUAGAUCUUUUCUCGCUUGUCCAAGAUCUUAUUCUCCCAGGUUUGACUGUAUUUUACAUACUAUCUAAGUCUCGCCUAAUCUAGCUUAGUAUAUUUAUCUAAUAAUAUACUGGCUUUCUUAACUUAGGACUGUCAGGGCCAAGUUGUUUUGAACGCGAUCAUCUUUAACUUAGCUUACUGAACACUUUGUUCUGAAGGCGGCCAAUAUAAUAGAAUAAAAUUGUGUCCAAUUUUAUAAAAAUUGAUGAUACAAUUUAUUGUUAUUUGUAUAUUUUUUAAUAUAAAGUAAAAUGAAUUUAUAAUGGAUGCUUUAAAGUCAUAAAAUAGUCCUAUAUUAAGAAUUUAUUUAUUUAAUUUUAUUGAAUUGUAUA